AUGGCGAUGGAAGAGAUUCUAGAUCUCUCUCUGCCUAAGAAGAUACCGGAGUGCACCGCGGACUGUUCCCCAGACAGUCUCAAUCCAGAGUUAUCGCGGACUUUCAGUACGAGCAAGUCAACAUCGUCUGACGGUUCGGCCUCGCCGGACUUGAAGAGACGUCGACUGCUAUCGCCGACGCACGGGCACGCGUUAACCACGUCGCCGGAUCCGACAUGUCCCGUUACGCCGGAGAGCGAUACCGACAACGAUGUCGACGGGGGAUCUUUCACCUCAAACGCCAGGAAUGCCCCCUACGACGAGCCCAUGCGAGCGCCACUAACGUCACCGCCGACGCCGACGGGGGGCGAGCCGAUCGUGCAGACGAGCGGCGGCGUGACGAUCUACCUUCACGACGAGACGCUCUGGAGGGAGUUCGCCAAGUACGGCACGGAAAUGAUCAUCAACAGGGGCGGCAGGCGCAUGUUCCCACACAUCGUGCUCUCCAUUUACGGUCUGGACGCAAGCGCCUCCUACUCGCUCGUCCUCCAGAUCGUGCCUGCGGACGAGCGACGCUACAAGUGGGUCAACCACCAGUGGGUCGCCAUGGGGAUGGCGGACCCCGGACCGGAAGUGCAGCCCGUGACGCAUGCAGACUCUCCGAACACCGGCGCUUUCUGGAUGCGUAAUCGGACGUCCUUCUCGAAGGUUCGCCUAACGAAUAACAAGGAAUCAAGUCUUAAGGAUUCCAUCGACGGAAAUAUUCUGCUACUCUCAAUGCACAAAUACAAGGUCGUGAUCAGGGUCAAACCGGAGGCACCAACGACGGAACCGGAAAGGGUUUUCGUGUUUGAAGAGUCGGCGUUCGUAGCGGUCACGGCAUACCAGAACUCUCAGAUAACGCAGCUGAAGAUCCAGAACAACCCGUUUGCCAAGGCUUUCAGGGACGCGCACAACCCCUCUGUUCCACACCCCAUGCCUUCAAAGAAACGCGAAAGAGCCCCCAAGUCGAAACCAUGCCCAGAAAGCCACCAUCAAGUCACCGGCAAUCUCCCUAGCGCUACCGUGCCGGAAACCUGGCCGUUACCCGGACAGCCGGUGGUUUUUGGUCAAGCUGGAAGUCAUCCCGCGUACUCACAGAUGGCUUUCUUUGAUCAGAUGAUGAAGAAUAUGGAACUGAUGAAGAGCAUGGAAAAGACGGGAUUAAGUUCUUUACCAUCAUUCCCAGUUCCGCCCUAUAUCGGAAAUCACUCCGCAAGUCUGCACGGCAUGCGACUUCCACUUUCAAGUCCAACAAUUUCCGGAGGAGAAAAUUCAUCGCCGAAAUUAGACGAAGAUACCCCAAGCUCAACAGCAACUUAA